ACGUGCUGUUGUGUAUUUUUGCACACUGCCGACGUGAUCCACAAUACCCCCUCGUAUAUGGUUUUAUCAUCCUAAGGAAGUCUUCAAAUGUGUCGUCGAAUUAUAUUCGACCUGUUUCAAGUCUAUUCAACUUGUUCUGUCCACUACGGUUAAGACAAACCUGACACAAGGUAAUGCAACACUCUGUAAUGGAUAAAGCAAAAAAACGUUCGGUGCCAAUCUUGGGUCUGAAGGCCAAGAGGCAAACUACCAUGCAAUGGUACAGAGGAAGGUUGUGCCCUAUCAGAAAGGAAAAUGCCUGGUUCAUAAAACCAAUGGCAGAGUUACCAGAGGGCUAUGCAACAGAUAGGGAUGUUUUCCUGUAUCCCAAUUACAUAUCCGAGCACGUUCUUCCUUUGGUUGAAGGGGAUUUGCUUGAGUUUGUCCUCGGCGAUCGAGACAAAACAAAACCUAUGGCACAAAAGGUACGCGUGUCUCAGUACACGCCACGGACACACAAGAAACUAAUUGAGUAUGUCAGUUGUCUAACUGCAGAACUCAAUACAGCAAACGCUAGGAAACUGCUCAUUCAAGUGUUGCCGUGCACGGCAAUGUGGAGGUUUCUUGGCUCGCCUGUGUUUAAAGGUUUAUCAGGUGAAGAAUAUACCAAUGUGUCAUACGUUAAGUUCCUCUUGACAUUACUCAAAGUCGUUUUGCAUCACGGUAAAUCUUACAAAACUCUCUUGGAAGACGUGAUUAGGACCGUUACACGCGGAACGAUGUUUCAAACCACGAACGACCAAAGCCUACCAGCGAUCAUAGCUUCCUGCAAUUACAAUGAUAAUGAUAUGUUCUACUCUGAGGAGGAUGAGACGUUUCUAUCUGCAGAACUAGUCCGAAGUUUUUGCCACGAAGCUGUUCGCCAGGUGCCAUCAGCGACUCGCUGUCUUCUGCCCACGAUAACGGCAAUCAGUAAGAAAAUACCAAAUCCUACAACACCAAAUUUCCUGUGUUCUCUUCUCUCGCUCACCGCCGCAGGAGAACACGGCUUCGCCGCUAACGAUGGUGGCUGGUUUGACCUGCCUUUUAUACCGACAAAUCACGAACUAGCUGGCCAUCUGGUUGAAAAGGACAAAAACUUGAUGCCAGUCAAGUCUCGAGUACCUUACGACGAUCCCGAACAGUAUAUGGACACCUAUUUUCGUCUAGUUCGCGCUGAAACCUUUUCAGCAAUGCAGCACGGAAUAAAGGAUCUGAAAGCUUCGAUACUGGACCUUAGGGACAUGAAUGUUUACUACAAUAUCCACCUCGCUGGUUUUGAACUGCAAAACGGUCGAUUCUCUCUGGCAAUUCAUUUUACACCCACGAAGACGGUAAAGAAAUGGGAAGCCUCGCCUCAACUCAUGUACGGCAAUUUGUUGUGCAUCUCGCUGAACCGAAAGUUCGAUGAUGUCAUUUGGGCAACGGUGUCCAACAGGGAUCCAGAGUUACUAAACAAACAUCAGAUCAUUAUGCUUGACCUGCUGGACGAGAAUGUCAAGAAAAUCAGCGUGAUCAUCAACUCACUUCAAACGCAAGGAGGUUCUGGAGUCAUGGUCGAAUCACCAACCUACUACCACUCCUUGAGUCCUGUCCUGCGAAGUUUAAAAGAAUUCGACAUAGAAAACUUUCCUCUUCGGGCAGAAGUUAUCUACGCUAAUGCAUCACCGGAAAUGCCUGAUUACCUAAAGGAAGCGACAUUUCGUACCUCCAUUGUUUGCUCAGUCAAAAAGGUGAUCAGCACGGUAAAGAAAAGCCAGAAACAGACGUCUGAAAAAGAGGAGGAUUCCACCUCUGUAGAUUCCAGACCUGAAUAUUCCAACUCUGAAGACUCCAACUCUGAUGAAGAAUUUUUAGAUGCACAUUUCCUCAAGAUUGGCUUGGGGAGUAAUUUCGAUAAAAUAGAGGAUUCCAUUGAUACCUUGAAAGAACGUAAAGAUGAAGACAUAAAAAAGUCUGUUAUUGCUUUCGACAACAAAUCGCUUGAAUCCCAAAAAAAGAAUUCAACACCCGAUAACCUUAUACAUAUUUUGAUGGCUUCCGAGGGGUUUUGUCAUAUAAGCCCAAGUGAACUUACAGGUACAUCUGUUAACAAUGGGGAACAAAUAGAUACUGAUCAGAGUAAAGAAGAUAAGGAGAGUCCUCAUGCGAUUACAGUGAAAAAUUGUACCGCGCAGGACGAGCUUGGACAAAGAAUGAAAGUUGAAAGAUUUGUGGAAGUGUUUAACUCCGGUUCAGAGUCUUCCUUAGAGGCAAGUCAAUGCGAAGCCCUAGUUCACGCUUUGAAGAACAGACUGGCAGUUAUCCAAGGUCCACCUGGUUGUGGUAAAACAUUCAUCGGAGUCAAAAUCGUUCAGCUGUUGCUAACCCUUUCGCCGAAGCUUAAAAAGCCAAUCUUAUUGCUGACCUACAAGAACCAUGCCCUGGACGAGUUCUUGAAACACAUGCUACUAUUUUGCCCGAAAGAUGACAUGGUUAGAAUUGGUGGCAGGUCAAAAGAGCAAAUUUUAGAGUCCUGUAAUCUGAAAAGACUUGAAGGUUCGAUAUUAUACGACAAAGCUCUGAGUGCGGAGAUUCAAAACACGAGAAUAGAAAUCAACAGUAUUGAAUCGAAGAUUAAGAAGGUUUCAGCCGAGAUCGAAGCUAGUUCCUUCUUGACGCGGAGGAGUUUGGUCGACGAGUUGACAGAGGAACAACUACAGUCUUUGAUUGCUGAAGCUGACUGGGGAAAACCACCGAUAACGAAUGACAAAGUUGAAAUGUUGUCAAAGAAAAAGAUCAUCGGUGUGACCAUCACUGGAGCAUCAAUCAAUCAUGAUCUUCUUCAUCAGAUCGGUCCUAGUGUUGUGAUUGUUGAGGAAGCCGCUGAAAUCCUGGAACCAAGUCUUCUGGCUGCGCUGACGCCUUCUUUAGAACAUCUUAUUUUAAUUGGCGACCACAAACAACUCAGACCUCAAGUGGACACCCAUGAGUUGUCUAGAAACUACCAUCUUGAUAUCUCGAUGAUGGAAAGGUUGAUUGAAUCUGGAUUCCCUUUUAAAUCCCUUGCCAAGCAGAACCGAAUGCGACCCGAAUUUUCCGCUUUACUCCAUGAUAUCUACCCAAACCUUGAAGAUAACUUGCCACUGGUUUCGAAGAAUGAUCCUUUGAAGUGUAUUUCGAAGUCAAUGUUUUUCUGGUCCCACAAUGACCCCGAGAAAAGAGAUCGCACUUACACGAAUGCCAAAGAAGCAGAGCGAAUUGUGGCUCUUGUUGUUUAUCUCCUUUGCAAUGGUGUCCGUCCGUCUGAGAUCACAGUGCUAUCACCGUACCUCGGACAGACUAAGCUUCUGAGACGCUUGAUCAAACAAGAGAGAGCUAGACUACCUGAAUUUUUCAAAGAAACUGACGACGAGAGCGACGAAUGGGAAGGCUACGUCCAGGUGCAAACAAUUGACAUGUAUCAAGGAGAUGAAAACAAAUAUAUCCUUAUCUCUUUGGUGCGAUCCAACGAAGAGAAUAGAAUCGGAUUUCUGAGUAGAAUGAAUCGUCGUUGUGUUGCACAGUCCAGAGCACAAUGCGGUAUGUAUUUCGUUGGAAAUGUGAAUACCUUGUGCGGAGCAAAGGAUUCGUGUUGGACGACGUUCGUACGUUCGAUGAUGAGCCAAGAAUGUUUGAGCGAUGAGUUUCCUCUUCAGUGUGUCAAACACAAAUCCUCGAAGUACAAGGCUUUGGACGGCAACAUGAUUCGACAAGUGAACGCGAAACCUGUACUUUUGUGCAAGCAACGAUGCGGAGAUCCGUAUCCAAGUUGCGAUAAACAUCCUUGCAUGAAGUUUUGUUUCCCAAGACAUAAUCAUUUCGUUUGUCCCGAGAGCGUCGACGAUAAUUUCCCCGAUUGUGGUCACGAUGUGAAGCGACCUUGCCCGAAGAAGAUUACCGAACUUCGGUGUCAAGUUAUAUCAAUUGUUGAUCUCCCAUGCGGACACGAGGGGCCAAAGAUGUGCUCUCAAGAACUAUCUCAAGUUACAUGCAAAAUACCAGUCACUGCAACCUUUGCACGAUGCGGCCAUACGACAGAGAAACCAUGCCAUGUAAAGAUAGAAACGAUGAAGUGUCAGCAUCCUUGCAAAGAGAUGAAUUUAUGCGGAAUCCACCAGUGUAAAAAUGUUUGCGGAAAAAGUCAUGGCCAUGAACGGUGUGAAGAAAUGAUCGACUAUAAAUUUCCUAACUGCGAUCAUCCGUCUUCCAUACCGAAAAAGUGUUCGGAGGAAAUAACGUGGAAGUGUGUAUACAUGGUGUCCUUUGCAGGAGCCUGUGGUCAUGAAAUCCAAAAGAAAUGCCACCACAAUCAGAGCGAAGUGAAAUGUCCUGUUAAACCUUGUGGAAGGAUGAGAAAAUGCAAGCAUCCUUGUGCAAAUGCCUGCGGAGAUGACUGCGAGAAGGGUGAAUGCAAGCACUGCCAACGCGUGUUCAACAAGAAGAUGGAAGCAUUCCGCAACGCGGCCAGAAACAAAGUCAAAGAGCUGGAAGAAAAGAUCGAGAAACAAGAAAUCCCAAAAUUCUCUCGGGACGAGCUCCGUGCCUCAGGGUCCACCGCUGCUGAACACCAGAAAGUUAAAGAUCAAGUCCUAAAGUUCAUCCAACCUUGUCACAAAUGGUUCCCGAAUAUAACCAAGAUUGAAAAAGUUACAAAUCUUGAUUUGGAAAAGAAAUUUGAAGCUGCGAAAUCCAGAGCAUUCGGCGACUACAUCGACACAAAGUUCCAUGGCACGUCGGACACUGCUUUGGGAAAUAUUAUCCGAAAGGGCUUCAAAAUGCCAGAGGCCAAUCCCCGCCCUCCAAAAAAACCAGGCAUGUAUGGUCAAGGCAUCUACUUUGCUACGGACUCUUCGAAAAGCGCUCGAGAGAUUUACACCAAAGGUUCCCAAAAACUUUUGUUGUGUCAAGUUAUUCUUGGAAAGUGCAUGACUGUCGAGAAAGCGGAUAGCAGCUUAAAUAGGAAGAAACUUCGCUCUCAAGAAUUCGAUUCUGUGUAUGCCCCACGAGGUACAGAAGUGAUCAAUGAUGAGUUUGUCAUCUUUAAUCCAGACCAAGCCCUUCCUCAGUACAUCAUCCAUUUCUCUGACAGAAAAACACUGGUACCUCCCUCACCGUCCAUACAUACAAAAGAGGCUUGUAUCGUGAAGAAGAUGAAAGCAUCGAGAUCAGUGAACUUUCAAGAUCCAUUUGAAAUGUACUACAACUAUGCGGAAUCUCACUUCAGAAGAAUGGCAGCUACGAGUUCCCUACGCCGUGAAGCUACUAUUUCAUCCAUUGAUAUCGUAAUCAACAAAGAUCUCGAGGACAAGUUUGAAGCGACCAAGAAGUCGUUCAAAAGCCAAGGAAUUCCGGACACGGAGAUUCUUGCUUAUCACGGAACUGACAAGAAGAACAUCGAUAGUAUCCUCCAGAGCAACUUGCAGUUAAGUUACGCGAAAAGACAAGCUUAUGGCAAAGGUAACUACUUCUCAGAAUUCCCUGCUGUGAGUCUGGGUUAUGGCGAUGGUGGUCUUCUCUUGUGUCGCAUUCUUCCUGGAAAAGAAUUCGUCGACUCCACUGACUGUGAUAUCCCAUCAGACUACAAUUCCAAGAAAGUUAUAAGACAACAGGCUGCCGUGGCUACGCGGCUUGUUAGGAGACGUUAUGUUUUGAGACAUACAAUCUCAUCCAUCAGUACGGCCAACGCAAGUGGUGAUAUGAUCAUUAUUGAAAAUUCUGAUCAGAUUUUGCCCUUCUUUGUUAUCCAUCGUUGAGCUAACAUUACAC